AUGGGGGUAUUGAAUCAUUUUUUGUUUUUGUUAUUUCUGUAUAUUAACAGUACUAGUGCUUUCAAUAAUCCUCAAGAGGAGUUUAUGGACAGAUUUGAUAUAAAUAAGAAUCAUGUGAAUAUAAAAUGGUCAAAAUAUGGGAUACAUGGAAAUGGGAAAUUCAAAUAUGAAAUUGGAGAAAGAGACACGCUUUCAAAAGGGAAUGAAUCCGAAAAAUUUACUAUUUGUCCAAAUCAUAUAAAAGAAGGGACUUACAAAUUGGGUUGUCCUGAUUAUGGGAAAACGUUUUUGAUGGGAUUUGAGGAUAAUAAAUAUAGUGAAGAGUUUUUAAAUGAAAUAAGUUUUGGUUUUUUGAAUAAAAAAUAUAAGCUUCCUAUAGAAAUUCCUUUGAACAAAAGUGGAUUAUCUAUGUAUCAAGGUCUCUUUAAACAUUGUCCUUAUAAUAAGAAACAUUAUAGUAUGAUAAAAAAAGAAAAUGGAUAUGAUAUGUGUUUUCGUAAAUUUUAUAACAAUAGUAAUAUAUCCACAAGGAUAUAUAAACGAGGUAAACAAAAGAGAAAAUUCAUAUAUUUUAGCUCACAUGGUCUUGGAGGACGAUUAGGUGCUAAUAUUGAAGAACCUUUACAUAAAUAUAAUUACGAUGAACACUAUGUAACAAAAAAAAUGAGAUAUCCAGAAAAUAUAAAAAAUUUGUUUGAUUGUUCUAUAUAUUCUCAUUGUAUAGGACCCUGCCUCUACAAAGAUUUUAAUAAUAGAUGCUUUCUUAAUUUACCAGUUCUUUUUAAUCAUCAAACAAAUGAAUGUGUAAUUAUAGGAACACAUGAAGAAAGGAGAAUUCAUAACUGUCAAAGUGAAAGUACUGAUAAGACAAUACAGAGAUGUUUUCAUCCUGUGAAAAAGGAAAAAGGUAACCAAUGGACCUAUGCUUCAUCCUUCAUACGUACAGAUUAUAUGACAAAAUGUCCACCAAGAUUCCCAUUAAAUCAUAUUAUGUUUGGAUAUUUUAAUUAUAGUACUGGAAAAUGUGAGACCGAUUAUAGGAAUUAUGAAAAACGUACUUUAUCAUUUUCAAAAUGUAUUGAAAAAUUAUUUAAUAAUAUUAAGAAACAGGAUGAUAUGAAUAAUAGUUCAUUUUUAUGGGGAGUUUGGAAUAUGGAAAAUAAAACAAAUGAAAAAACAAUAUUAACAUCUAUGAAUAAUACAGGAUCAUGCCACUUUUUAAAGACAAAGCCAACAUGUGUAGUGGAAAAGGAAAAUCAUUUUUCUUUUACUAUUUUAACAGCAAAUUCAUUUAAUCUAGAUAAAAAUAUAAUAUAUCCUAAAAUAAAAAAUAAUUCUUCUAAUAUGGAUUCUAGUUUAAUUAAUUUCAAAAAUCCAGAGCAAACAAAUAAAAGAGUUCUAUAUGAAAAUAAUAAAGAAUCAAAAAGAAAUAUAAGAACAAAUAUGAAUCCUGUAAAUGCAUUUACAAUACCUUCAAAUUUAGAUACAAAGGAGAAGGAAGAAUAUAAUAUGAAGGAAGUAAAAAAUUAUCCUAACAAUAAUGUAUCAUAUAUACAAAAAGUUCAUUCAUCUUUUAUAAAGAAUAGGUUUAAAUUAAAUUCAGAUAGUUCGUUUAAACCAAUACAUCAAAUGAUACAAAUGAAUAUAUCUACAGAUAAUAAAUUAUAUGAUUAUAAUAAUCAAAAAAGUAAAGAUUCAAAUAAAAAUAUGAAUGGAAUAUCAGUAACUGAAAGAAAACCAUCUAUGAGAGAAAAUCAAAAUACAAACCCACAAGGGAAUUAUAUGGAAAGGUUUGAUAUUCCGAAUAAUCAUAUAUUCAUAGAAUGGCAAAAGGAAGGUGAAUAUGGAAAGGACGAAUUUAAAUAUAAUAUUAUGUCAAAUAAAACAGCAGGUACGAGUCAAUCAUUAUUCUAUAAUUAUAAAGACAAAAAAUGUCCAAAUCAUGUAUAUGAAGGGAGAGCACAUGGUAGUUGUCCGAAUUAUGGUAAAGCUAUUAUAGUACAAAAUCUUAAAGGUGAAGAAUAUGAUAAGAAUUUUAAUUUGAACUUUUUAAAUGAAAUACGUACAGGAUACCUUAACAAAUAUUUUAAGAAUGAUGUUGAAAUAUCUUAUGAAGAUAGUGGAAUAGCUAUGCAUAAUAACAUGCUAUCAACGUGUCCAGUUCAUGAAAAUGAAGAAAAAUUAUUUUCUGAGAAAACAAAUUAUAAUUAUAAUAUGUGUAAAUCUAGAAUAUUUUCAACUCGUUUUACGAUGAAGGAGUAUGACCCCAAAACACAAUUGUUUAUGUAUUAUGGUUUGUAUGGUUUAGGUGGACGAUUAGGUGCUAAUAUUAAACGAGACAAACAGAAAGAAAAAAAAUAUCAAGAUAAUAUAACAUUACCUAUGAAAAAUCCAUCACUAAUUAAGAAUUUGUUCGACUGCUCUAUAUAUUCUUAUUGUUUGGGUCCUUGUUUAGAAAAUUCAUUUGGUAAUAAGUGUUUCCGUAAUUUACCUGCUUAUUAUAAUCAUUCAACAAAUGAAUGUGUUAUAUUGGGUACGCACGAACAAGAAAGAUCGAGUUCGUGUAGAAGAACGAUAGAAGAAAAAAAAAAACCUAAUUGUCAGAUAUUAAGAAAAACAAAUGAUUCAAAAGAUUGGACGUAUGUUUCUUCAUUUAUCAGACCUGAUUAUGAAACAAAAUGUCCACCUAGAUUCCCUUUAAAAUCAAAAGUUUUUGGUACGUUUGACCGAAAAACAGGAAAAUGUAAAAGUCUCUUGGAUGAGGCAUAUGUAGUUGGAAUUAAUAAUUUUUCUGAAUGUUUAGAAUAUUUAUUUUUAACAUCACCUAAGGAUUUAUAUAAUAGCCAAAGAAAUACAUAUUGGGGUAUUUGGGCAGCAGAACAUUCUGUUAAUGAAAAUAAUAUUGACAUAGCAAAUGGUAAAUGUUAUCAUUUAGUUAUAAAACCAACAUGUAUCAUAGAUAAGGAGAACCAUUUUUCUUUUACUGCACUUACAGCAAAUACUGUUGAUUUUAAACAAACGAUUAAUAUAAGAAAAAUUGAAGAAUUAACUGACUAUGGAAACAAUGAUGAUAAACUAAAAGAAAAGGAAAUUAAUAAUGAACCUAUUGAUAAUGUGAAGCAACCAAAAGAUAAUAGGAAAAGUCAUGUAAAUUCUAUGGGAAAAAAUAAGCCCUCUUAUAAUGAAAAUGAUGAUAAGGAAAAUGAAUAUGAAAGAAUGGAAAAAAAUCUUGAAGAUGAAAUAAAUUCUGAAGAAUCUGGAUUAUUUGAAGACGCUCGAAGGACAGGGGUUCGAAACAACUUGGAAAAUGACAAUAAAAAUGAGAAAAAUAAAUUGGAUCAGAUAAAAAAAGAAAAGCAAUUAAAAGAGGAAGAGGAAGCAAGGAAGUUAGAAAUAAGAAGAAGAGAAGACGAAUCAAAAAAAAAGGAAGCUACAAGAAGAUAUGAAGAUGAAAGGAGGAUAGAAGCAGCAAGAAGAUAUGAAGAUGAAAGGAGGAUAGAAGC